AUGCCUAAUAAAACCGUCAAUGCCUAUGUAAAACUAAAGGUUUUCCAUGUGAAUGGUGUCUGGGUAAACAUAGAAUCACCAUUGCUUGAAUGCACUAUAGUCAUACACGCCCCACCCUACACAAAUCCAGGGGCUCUCUCAGCCCAGGAUUCUUUUGACAAUGUGAGGGCCAUUAGGUUUGUUGUACUUCUUAUAGGCCUACAUUUUCCUCUAAUCAACUCUCAAGGCCAAAUUGAAUGUUCUAGAGAUGGGACAAUAACAUUUCUCCAAAUCUGAAUCUGAUCGAAUAUUACAUUUUAGUAAUUUAGCAGACACUCUUAUCCAGAGAGACUGCAUACAUUUUCAUAUUUUUUUCCCAUACUGGUCCCCCGUUUUUGAAUCAAACCCACAACCCUGGCGUUCCAAGCACCAUGCUCUACGAACUGAGCCACACGGGACAUAGACCUUAUUGGUUAAUGAAAGGUUAUUUGCUGUGCUCCCAAUGGCCCCGCUUAUCUGCUUUCCCUCUCUCUUUUCAGUUCAUCCUGAAGAACUAUGGGGAGAAUCCAGACAACUAUAAUGAACAGCUGAAGAAGCUGGAGACACUGCGACAGGUAUGAACUGGGACUGAGCGAGUUGUGCUAUGCAAAUGUCAUAUGUUGUGAUUUUUUGUUAUGUAGGUCAUAUACUGUACUGUCUUUCUAUCAUAUAAUAAGUAAGUGUUUCUCUCUUUUUCUGGCAGGGUGCGGUGAAUGUGACGCGGGACUUUGAGGGCUGCAGCAUUUUGAGGAAGUACUUUGGGCAGCUGCACUACCUCCAGAGCCGUGUGCCUCUGGGGCCUGGGCAGGAGGCAGCAGUACCCAUCUCAUGGUAUGAGACAAGGAAGUACACAUAGGACCCCUAUAUUUACAUACUUACCCAUGAGAUCCUUAUCGUACACACACUCGCUUUCAUAAACUCUACCACAGACAGCUACGGAAAGAAGGAAAUAACUUUAUUUGGAUAGUCCAUCUGUAGAUGCUCUACAGACUAUCUACUAACCCUACCAUUAACCCUUAUCCUAACCCUAACUCUUACCCUAACCCUUAUUCUAAACCAUCCCUAACUGUAACCUUAGCAAGCAGUUGCUUAUCAACAGAUAUCUCUAGAGCAUCUACAGAUGGACAAUCUGGACUAUCCACACACACACAAACACACACUUUCAUAAGCUCUCCCUACCAUACACGUAGACACACACCACACCCUCAUGUAUGCAGUGUGUCGCUAAUUUCAUUCUCUCUUACCAGAACAUUAAUAUUUUCUGGAAAAACAGUCACUAUGAAACAAAGAUAAAUUAUAUAAAGAAUGAUAGUAAAAGGCUUUAGAGCACCUUAAAUGAAAUUUUGGGCAAUAAGGCAAAUUCGGCUCCAUCAUUCAUUGAAUCAGAUGGCUCAUUCAUCACAAAACCCACUGAUAUUGCCAACUACUUUAAUACUUUUUUAAUUGGCAAGAUUAGCAAACUUUGGCAUAACAUGUCAACAACAAAUUCUGAGCCUACAUAUCCAUGCAUAAGUGACCAAAUUAUGAAAGACAAGCAUUGUAAUUCUGUAAAGUGAGUGUGGAAGAGGUGACACUAAUAUUGUUGUCUAUCAACAAGACACAUGGUUCUGACAACUUGGAUGGAAAAUGACUGAGGAUGAUAACGGACGAUAUUGCCACUGCCAUUUGACAUCUUUUCAAUCUAAGCCUACAGGAAAGUGUGUGCCCUCAGGCCUGGAGGGAAGCAAAAGUAAUUCUGCUCCCCAAGAAUAGCAAAGCACCCUUUACUGGUUCAAACAUUCGACCAAUCAGCCUGUUACCAACCCUUAGUAAACGUUUGGAAAAAAUAGUGUUUGACCAGAUACAAUGCUAUUUCACAGUAAACAAAUUAACAGCAGAUUUUCAGCACGCUUAUAGGGAAGGGCAUUCAACAUGUACGGCACUCACACAAAUGACUGAUAAUUGGCUGAGAGAAAUUGAUAAUGAAAAGAUUGUGGGAUCUGUUUUGUUAGACUUCAGUGCAUCUUUUGACAUUAUCUAUCAUAAUCUGCUGCUGGAAAAGCGAAUGUGUUAUGCAAUGUUCCCUCAAUUUCUUUCAGGCACUGAGCAAAUUUCAGGUCUGCUUAGCGCAAACUUGAACGUUGUGAAAAUUCUGUGCAACGUCCAGCACUUAAAGCAAGUACAGCCUCAGUGUUCACAGUAAACGCGAACACUGAGGCUGUACCCGCUUUAAGUAUUUAUUAUACCCCUUUUUCGUUAUAUCCAGUUGGUAGUUAGUCUUGUCCCAUCGCUGCAACUCCCAUACGGACUCAGGAGAGGUGAAGGUCGAGAGCCAUGCGUCCUCCGAAACACAACCCUGCCAAGCCACACUGCUUCUUGACACACUGCUCGCUUAACCCGGAAGCCAGCCGGAGGAAACACUGUACAACUGGCGACCGUGUCAGCGUGCAUGCGCUAGAGCGCGAUGGGUCGCUAGAGCGCGAUGGGACAAGGACUUCCCGGCCGGCCAAACCCUCCCCUAACCUGGACGAUGCUGGGCCAAUUGUGCGUCGCCUCAUGGGUCUCCCGGUCGCGGCCGGCUGCGAACCCGGAUCUGUAGUGACGCCUCAAGCACUGCAGUGCCUUAGACCGCUGCGCCACUCGGGAGGCCAUACCAGGUUUAAGUUACAGUUUUAACAGUGGCCAUGUAGGCUACUAUGGCUAUUUGAUCAUAGAGUAGGCCUACCAGAGUGGCCUACCAUCAAAACAAUAGAGGAAAUGCAUCCCAUAACAUUUUAACAUGGAAAUAGCUGUUCUAUCAUUCAGCCUAAUGUAGCAGCCAAUGUGUGGUGUUCAAUGUAGGCCUACAUUCCAUGAGACUUAACAUUAACCUGUUUAUCCACUUGUCCUUCAGACAAGGAGGUGACUGAAAAUGUUGUUGUGUUGUAAGAUGCAAGAAACUGCUUUACAAAAUAAAAUGCAUUAUUAUUCCCAUACCAUUAUUACAGAGAAUCAGACAAAUUAUGUUACCCUCUACCUAUUGGCUACUUAGCUUAUUCAAGCCUGUCUCAAAAUACAACACUGCCCCUUUAAGACAUAAAAAAAGCUCUUUACCUGACUCGCUUUGCAGCAAUCACUCCCCUAUUGCUGACUACAAAUUAUCUAUAAACGGGCUAAUAACUCACUAACUAGCAAAGGAUAUGAAGAAAAUAUGCACACGUGGCUACAUGCAGCUCUUGUUUUGAUCUCAAAUUAAGCGCAUCUACUCACAACUGCUCAUGCUUUAAACACAGUCCAGUUCAAAGUAAAUGGCACAUACAGUUGAAGUCGGAAGUUUACAUACAGUGAGGGAAAAAAGUAUUUGAUCCCCUGCUGAUUUUGUACGUUUGCCCACUGACAAAGAAAUGAUCAGUCUAUAAUUUUAAUGGUAGGUUUAUUUGAACAGUGAGAGACAGAAUAACAACAACAAAAUCCAGAAAAAUGCAUGUCAAAAAUGUUAUAAAUUAAUUUGCAUUUUAAUGAGGGAAAUAAGUAUUUGACCCCUCUCAACUCGAACCUUCAGCUCUCUCCACAGAUUUUCUAUGGCAUUAAGGUCUGAAGACUGGCUAGGCCACUCCAGGACCUUAAUGUGCUUCUUCUUGAGCCACUCCUUUGUUGCCUUGGCCGUGUGUUUUGGGUCAUUAUCAUGCUGGAAUACCCAUCCAUGACCCAUUUUCAAUGCCCUGGCUGAGGGAAGGAGGUUCUCACCCAAGAUUUGACAGUACAUGGCCCCGUCCAUCGUCCCUUUGAUGCGGUGAAGUUGUCCUGUCCCCUUAGCAGAAAAACACCCCCAAAGCACAACGUUUCCACCUCCAUGUUUGACGGUAGGGAUGGUGUUCUUGGGGUCAUAGGCAGCAUUCCUCCUCCUCCAAACACGUCGAGUUGAGUUGAUGCGAGUUGAGUCAGAUGUUCAUUGGCAAACUUCAGACGGGCAUGUAUAUGUGCUUUCUUGAGCAGGCGGACCUUGCGGGCGCUGCAGGAUUUCAGUCCUUCACGGCGUAGUGUGUUAACAAUUGUUUUCUUGGUGACUAUGGUCCCAGCUGCCUUGAGAUCAUUGACAAGAUCCUCCCGUGUAGUUCUGGGCUGAUUCCUCACCGUUCUCAUGAUCAUUGCAACUCAACAAGGUGAGAUCUUGCAUGGAGCCACAGGCAGAGGGAGAUUGACAGUUAUUUUGUGUUUCUUCCAUUUGCGAAUAAUCUCACCAACUGUUGUCACCUUCUCACCAAGCUGCUCGGCGAUGGUCUUGUAGCCCAUUCCAGCCUUGUGUAGGUCUACAAUCUUGUCCCUGACAUCCUUGGAGAGCUCUUUGGUCUUGGCCAUGGUGGUUUGGAAUCUGAUUGAUUGAUUUCUUCUGUGGACAGGUGUCUUUUAUACAGGUAACAAGCUGAGAUUAGGAGCACUUUAAGAGUGUGCUUCUAAUCUCAGCUCGUUACCUGUAUAUAAGACACCUGGGAGCCAGAAAUGUAUCUGAUUGAGAGGGGGUCAAAUACUUAUUUCCCUCAUUAAAAUGCAAAUCAAUUUAUAACAUUUUUGACAUGUGUUUUUCUGGAUUUUGUUGUUGUUAUUCUGUCUCUCACUGUUCAAAUAAACCUACCAUUAAAAUUAUAGACUGAUCAUUUCUUUGUCAGUGGGCAAACGUACAAAAUCAGCAGGGGAUCAAAUACUUUUUUCCCUCACUGUACACCUUAGCCAAAUACAUUUAAACUCAGUUUUUCACAAUUCCUGACAUUUAAUCCUAGUAAAAAUUCCCUGUCUUAGGUCAGUUAGGAUCACCACUUUAUUUUAAAAAUGUGAAAUGUCAGAAUAAUAGUAGAGAUAAUGAUUUAUUUCAGCUUUUAUUUCUUUCAUCACAUUCCCAGUGGGUCAAAGUUUAGAUACUCAAUUAGUAUUUGGUAGCAUUGCCUUUCAAUUGUUUAACUUGGAUCAAACGUUUCCGGUAGCCUUCCACAAGCUUCCCACAAUAAGUUGGGUGAAUUUUGGCCCAUUCCUCCUGACAGAGCUGGUGUAACUGAGUCAGGUUUGUAGGCCUCCUUGCUUUCACACGCUUUUUCAGUUCUGCCCACAAAUCUUCUAUAGGAUUGAGGUCAGGGCUUUGUGAUGGCCACUCCAAUACCUUGACUUUGUUGUCCUUAAGCCAUUUUGCCACAACUUUGGAAGUAUGCUUGGAGUCAUUGUCCAUUUGGAAGACCCAUUUGCGACCAAGCUUUAACUUCCUGACUGAUGUCUUGAGAUGUUGCUUCAAUAUAUCCACAUAAUUUUUCUUCCUCAUGAUGCCAUCUAUUUUGUGAAGUGCACAAGUUCCUUCUGCAGCAAAGCACCCCCACAACACGAUGCUGCCACGCCAGUGCUUCACGGUUGGGAUGGUGUUCUUCGGCUUGCAAGCAACCCCCUUUUUCCUCCAAACAUAACGAUGGUCAUUAUGGCCAAACAGUUCUAUUUUUGUUUAAUCAGACAAGAGGACAUUUCUCCAAAAAGUACGAUAUUUUUCCCCAUGUGCAGUUGCAAACCAUAGUCUGGCUUUUUUAUGGCGGUUUUGGAGCAGUGGCUUCUUCCUUGCUGAGCGGCCUUUCAGGUUAUGUCGAUAUAGGACUUGUUUUACUGUGGAUAUAGAUACUUUUGUACCUGUUUCCUCCAGCAUCUUCACAAGGUCUUUUGUUGUUGUUCUGGGAUUGAUUUGCACUUUUCGCACCAAAGUACGUUCAUCUCUAGGAGACAGAAACCGUCUCCUUCCUGAGCGGUAUGACGGCUGCGUGGUCCCAUGGUGUUUAUACUUAUGUACUAUUGUUUGUACAGAUGAACGUGGUACCUUCAGGCGUUUGGAAAUUGCUCCCAAGGAUGAACCAGACUUGGCUGAUUUCUUUUGAUUUUCCCAUGAUGUCAAGCAAAGAGGCACUGAGUUUGAAGGUAGGCCUUGAAAUACAUCCACAGGUACACCUCCAAUUUACUCAAAUGAUGUCAAUUAGCCUAUCAGAAGCUUCUAAAGCCUUGACAUAAUUUUCUGGAAUUUUCCAAGCUGUUUAAAGGCACAGUCAACUUAGUGUAUAUAAACUUCUGACUCACUGGAAUUGUGAUACAGUGAAAUAAUCUGUCUGUAAACAAUUGUUGGAAAAAUUACUUGUGUCAUGCACAAAGUAGAUGUCCUAGCCGACUUGCCAAAACUAUAGUUUGUUAACAAGAAGUUUGUGGAGUGGUUGAAAAACAAGUUUUAAUGACUCCAACCUAAGUGUAUGUAAACUUCCGACUUCAACUGUACAUAUAUGGCAAUGGUCUAUAUGCAUAUAGGCUUACUGCAGCUCUGAUUGUUUAUACCGCACUGGUCUGUGUAGAGUACGGGCUGAGUAGUGCAUGUCAAUGCAAUAGAAUCCUACUCCGAUGCGUUCUGCCAACAACAAAAUGGCUAAUAUUGUGUUGAUUCGAUCACAAUUGCCACAGUAAAGGGAAACGUUGAUAGUGUUAACAGGGAAAACUCUAGAACCGUGGUCACCAACCUUUUCUGAGUCUAGAUCAAUUUGUGUCAAAAUGCAAGCCGAGAUCUACCGCUCAGAUAUUUUUUUAACAUUACUUUUUUUUUUACGUACGCCUAUGCAACAUGAAUCAAUUAAAAACAGUACUGUAGCAAUGAGGUUUGUGCAGUAAGCUAUAGGCCCAAUACAUUAUCACCACAUAUUGGCUUUGCUUAAAUUGCCCUGCCAAUGCAUUGUUGUUUGGGCUAUUUUUUAAAAUUACAUUUCAACAUUUGAGGUAGACUAUAUGAUCACAUCGGAAAUAGAUCCGCAGUUGUAUUACUUGUGAAGCACAGCUGAAUUUUUUAUUUUUUUACUGGGCUGAUGGUGCCUGCGUCUGAUGGUCAGUCUCAGCGUCCCUCCGCUCUCCCUUUCCUCCACUGACCAAAAAGGGACACCAUCUUCCAACUGGCGAAACUCGACUCGCACCGCAUUCUUUCUGCCUCAUGCACAAAGUCAUGUUGUUACUCCUAUGAACAGAGAAAGUGAAAUAUUCCUCGAUAUUAAAAAAGACCCAAACCGCUAAUAAUUCAAUAACGCAAUCCUAUAGAUACACUUUCCUACUCAUUCAUUACUGCUGCAGUGCUUGUUGUAGCGCUGAGUGGAUAUAGGAAAAACGUGCUUUUUAUGGCUUAUAAAAGCAUUGAAUACAAAGUGUUGACAGUGCUGAGUAAGAACUUAAACAUGAACUCACUCAUAAAAACAGCAUCUGUUUGACAGUCUCUCUAGUCAUGGUUUUAAACGUUUUGAAAUUUCACAGUAUCAACUUUGCUGUAGCUUUCUUUUAUGCCUUGCUACGUUACUGCAGACAAGGUCAUCUGAGCCAUCCGAUUGGCCAGCGGUAGGCCUAUAGUGCACUUGAUUUGCUCUCUGGGCCCGCUGGGAAGGCAGAGUUUCUACCUUCAGACACAUGCAAUGGUUCAAAAUGGCAACAGUUCACCUACUUGCCAACAGCCCAAGACGAAAAAAAUUAAAAUAGGAACACAAGGCUUUAUCGUUGGGUUUUUUACAGAAAUGUUUGGCAAUCGACUAGGAAUGCAUUGGAGAUCGACCAGUCGAUCGCAAUCAACCGGUUGGUUACCACUGCUCUAAAAAGUUUUGUGCUUCUCUCUGUGGGCUGAUAUUUCUGCGUGGCAGUCCCGGGGGAGCUUUAAUUAGUCUCUGGGCUAAGCUUAGAGGGAACAUUGGUGUUAUGGCUUUACAUCCCCUGCUAUAUUGUGAAUCAAGAGUUACCUGUAUAACAGAACACAUGCUUGAUUGUAAACUGUCAUGUUCAAAACACAUUGAUGCAACAGUAACUAAGAUGGGGUGAGGUCUGUCCAUAAUAAAGCGCUGCUCUGCGUUCUUAACAACGCUAUCAUCAAGGCAGGUCCUACAGGCCCUAGUUUUGUCACACCUGGACUACUAUCCAGUCAUGUGGUCAGGUGCCACAAAGGACUUAGGGAAAUUACAAUUGGCCCAGAACAGGACAGCACGGCUGGCCCUUAAAUGUACACGGAGAGUUAACAUGAAUAAUAUGCAUGUCAAUCUCACCUGGCUCAAAGUAGAAGAGAGAUUGACUUCAUCACUACUUGUAUUUGUGAGAAGCAUUGACAUGUUGAAUGCAACAAAGCUGUCUGUUUAAACUACUAGCACACAGCUCGGACGCCCAUGCAUACCCCACAAGACAUGCCAACAGAGGUCUCUUCACAGUCCACAAGUCCAGAACAGACAAUGGCAGGGGCACAGUACUACAUAGAGCCAUGACUACAUGGAACUCUAUUCCACAUCAAGUAACUCAUGCAAGCAGUCAAAUCUGAUUUAAAAAAAACAGAUAAAAAUACACCUUAUGGAACAGCCGGGAAUGUGAAGACACACAUAGGCACAGACACACGCAUACACACACACGAUAACAUACACACUAUACACAUGGAUUUUGUGUUAUAGAUAUGUGGUAGUAGAGUAGGGGCCUGAGGACGCACACUUAAUGUGUUGUAAAAAUCUGUUGUGAAAUGUAUUGUAAUGUUUUUUAAAUUGUAUAUAACUGCCUUAAUUUUGCUGGACCGCAGGAAGAGUAACUGCUGCCUUGGCAGGAACUAAUGGGGAUCCAUAGUAUAUACAAAUACAGACAGGCACAUCCACGUAGACACACACCACACCCUCAUGUGUCCAAUACAGUGUGUCACCAAUUUCAUUCUCUCUUACCAGGACAGAAAUAUUUUCUGGAAAAACAGUCACUCAUGAUGACAUCAGCUAUGAGCAAGCCUGCAUCCUCUAUAACCUGGGUGAGUUGAACCGUUGAGUGGUGAAAUGUAAAACUGACCUUCCGUCAAACAGCUAUUUCCUGAUUGCCGUAAUGUUGUCUUCUCUGUAGGUGCUCUCCACUCCAUGUUGGGAGCCAUGGAUAACAGGGUGUCAGAAGAGGUGAGCAGAAUCAAUGGCCGUCUAUCUUUAACACGUUAACCUCUCUCCAUGACAUCUCACACUGACAUCCAUUGUAUUGCCAUCCUUUUUCUGAAACUCAAUAUGUCCCUUUGUCUAUUUCUCUCGCUUCCAUCCUCACUCUCUUCUGUCUCCCUUCCUCUUUCACCCCUUUCCUCCUCUCUCUCUCUCCCUCUAGGGGAUGAAGGUGUCAUGUACACACUUCCAGUGCUCCGCGGGGGCCUUCUCCUACCUGAGGGACCACUUCAGCCACAACUUCAGCGUGGACAUGAGUCACCAGAUCCUUAACCUCAACAUCAACCUCAUGCUGGUAACUAUCAGACACACAUACACACACACACACGUGCGCACAUGCAUGUGUUCUCACACACACACACACUCACACACUUCAUCGUGUUUAUUUGUCUCCGUUCAGGGCCAGGCUCAGGAGUGUCUCCUGGAGAAGUCCAUGCUGGACAACAGGAAGAGUUUCCUUGUAGCCCGCAUCAGUGCUCAGGUAAAUCUCUCUCCUCUCAACACAAGACAUAGUAGUAGUGCAUGAUAACACCCUCUAGACCUCAGUUGUCCUAGAGCAGGGUCGUUCUCAAUAGGCAUCAAACGGGGAGGGACUAACUGAACUUAUCCAAUAGGAAAAUGCGAAUUUUCAUUUUCUGUCGCAAAAUGUUUUGCUACGGUGUGCCCUAAUGAGUCCGACCCAGGUGUGCGACUGUUCUGUUGUUGGCCUGGUGUAGGUGGUGGACUACUAUAAGGAGGCGUGCAGGGCUCUGGAGAACUCUGACACGGCCUCCAUGCUGGGAAAGAUCCAGAAGGACUGGAAAAAACUGGUGCAGAUGAAGAUCUACUACUUUGCUUCCAUCGCCCAUGUGAGUUGUGAGGGAGUAUAUUGCAAAUGUGUUCUGAAUUUGGUUUACAAAUACUAUUUUAUUUAAUAACAUUAUAUUUAUUUUCAGCUGCAUAUGGGGAAGCAGGCUGAGGAGCAACAGAAAUAUGGAGAGCGGGUAUGUCACCUCACUACCCCCCCCGUGUAUCUUCCUCUGAUGCCUCCAUACCUCUACAUGCAUACCAAUCUCUCUCCUUAUACACCUAUUUUUCUAAAGCUGUGUGUUUUUUUGUUUUUAACAGCUGGCUUACCUGCAGAGCUCCUUAGACAAACUCAGUGAAGCCAUCAAGUUGGCCAAGGUACAGUCACCUUCCAGUUGACUCUGUAACCUUUUCCAUUUGGCAUUCUGAAAUGGUUUCUUUUGUAUCUGUUAUCAAGCUUACAAUAACAUGUACAUUUUAGUCAUUUUCAGACGCUCUUAUCCAGAGCGACUUACAGUUAGUGAGUGAAUACAUUUUCAUAACAAAGGAACUGUCUUUAUGCUCCUUUCCCUCAGUUCCCUCUCUUCUCUCGUUCUCUCUGUUUUAACAGGGUCAGCCGGACAGUGUGCAGGAGGCCUUGAAGUUCACCAUGGACGUGAUAGGGGGAAAGUAAGCAGCUAUAUUCUCUACUGUAUAUUCACUUAUGAUUGUGGCUAUGUUGGUACAGUCUUUACCCUUUGAGAUGUAGACAGUCACACACACUCUGCCACACUCUCUCACUCAAACAGUGGAGCUCUCGCUUAAGUGGUUCUCUCUGACCCUUCCUCUGCUAUUCCUUAUCCUCUGUCCCUUGUAGGUUCAACUCUGCCAAGAAAGACAAUGACUUCAUCUACCAUGAGACUGUCCCCUCGUUGGAGACUCUUGCUUCAGUCAAAGGUAACAUUGAACCCUGACCUACGACCUAUCCUCACACUUAACCUCUCCUGCAUUUCAUAUACUAUAUUUGGAUUUUCAUUGUCAUUAUGUCCUCUCUAGGUGCCCCCCUGGUGAAGGCCUUGCCCGUGAACCCAACUGAUCCCAGUGUCACAGGACCAGACCUGUUUUCCAAGCUGGUGCCCAUGGCUGCCCACGAGGCCUCCUCUCUCUACAGUGAAGAGAAGGCCAAGUUGCUACGGGACAUCAUGGCCAAGAUAGACAGCAGGAAUGAGACUCUAGAGUGAGUAGGAGAGUCGGAGGGGCUGUGUGUGUAUUUGAGACGUCUAGGUAUGCCUUUACGGUUUAAUAUAGUGACUUUGUGUGGUUACUGAUCUAGCUCUGGCUUUGCAGGCAGUUUAUGGACUCUCUGGGUCUGGAGCCAGACUCAGUAGAUAACCUGGACAUGUACAGUCACAUCCCCCCUGUACUGAUGGAGAAGUGUGCUGCGCUCAGUGUCAGACCAGACACUGUCAAGAGCCUCAUUCAGUCCAUGCAGGGUGAGUGGUUGGCUUGGGACACACACACACACAUACACAUACCCACACACAUACGCACACAGCCUUUAGAUACUAAUCCCUAUGUCCCUCUCCCUCAGUCCUGUCUGGUGUGUUCACGGACGUGGAGGCGUCUCUGAGGGAGAUCCGGGACGUGCUGGAGGAGGACGAGGCCGGGGUGCGGGCGCUGCAAGAGGCGGCAGGAGGAGGCCUUGCGGCGCAGCUGCAUCCCCAGGCACAUGCCCAGACCCUGGCUGAGAUCCGCAGGGACCUGGAGAAGUACAUGGAGGCCCAUGAGAAGGCCAGCUUCACCAACACAGAGCUGCACAGAGCCAUGAACCUGCACAUCAGUAACCUGAGGCUGCUGGGGGGACCACUGGAUGCCCUGAGAGAUGCCCUGCCUAGGCCCCAACUCAACGAGGGUGGGUAUAGGAGAGUGGAAAAGAGUUAUGUGUUUGUGUGGUCAUUUGGAGUGUGUUUCUAAAUGUGUGUGUGUGAUCCUACAGAGGAGGUGGCAGGGCUGCAGUGUAUGAAGAGGAUCCUGGGGAAGGUGCAAGAGAUGAGGGACCAGAGGAGCACCCUGGAGAAACAGCUGCGUGACCUCAUCCAGCAGGACGACAUCACUUCCUCCCUGGUCACUACUGAGCGCACUGACAUGAAGGUACAGGACAUUGUGUGUGUGUAUAUAAAUAUAUUUUUUUACCCCCUUUUUUUCUCCCCAAUUUCGUGAUUACGAUCUUGUCUCAUCGCUGCAACUCCCCAACGGGCUUGGGAGAGGCGAAGGUUGAGUCAUGCGUCCUCCGAAACAUGACCCACCAAGCCGCUCUUCUUAACACCCGCUCGCUUAACCCAAAAGCCAGCUGAACCAAUGUGUCGGAGGAAACACUGUUCAACUGACGACCAAAGUCAGCCUGCAGGCACCCCGCCCGCCACAGGGAGUCGCUAGAGCGCGAUGAGCCAAGUAAAGCCCCCCUGAACUACUCUGGGCCAAUUGUGCGCCGCCCUAUGGGACUCCCGGUCACGGCCGGUUGUGACACAGCCUGGGAUCAAACAGCGAUGUAGUCGCAACACUGCGAUGCAGUGCCUUAGACCGCUGUGCAUGCCUCUUAAGACACAAUAUGUAACAUUUGCCUCUCUCUCUCUCUCUCCCCACCUCCCUCUCCCCCGCCCUCUCUCCCUCCCUCUCUCCCUCCCUAUAGAGGUUGUUUGAGGAGCAGUUGAAGAAGUAUGAGCAGGUGAAAGUGUACAUUGACCAGAACCUGUCUGCCCAGGAGAACAUCCUCAAGGCGCUGACGGAAGCCAACGUGCAAUACGCCUCGGUCCGCAAGGGCCUUACCGAGAUGGAACACAAGUGAGCAAGGGCUUGGGAAGGGUUUUAGUGGGACACCAGUACUAUUGGGCAAAGGACUUUGACGCCGUUCCAAUCCAAGGCCAUAGGGAAGGGGCCAAUGUAGAAAAUCAGAACACACAAACAAAUCGGAGCAGACAAAUAUCCACUGGAAACACUAGCUACAUAAGCACUAGCCUCAUGUCAUUGUUCCCUUCAUCUUCUCCUCCUUCCUUUCUCUCGCUCCAACUCUCAGGUGGAACGGCACGGUGCAGACCCUGGUGGCGUCCUACGAGGCUUACGAGGACCUGAUGAAGAAGUCCCAGGAGGGGAAGGAGUUCUACGAGGACCUGGAGACCAAGUCCUCCCACCUGCUGGAGAGAGCUAAGAACCUGUGUCAGGGCAGGGAGGAGGAGAGGAAGGCCGUGCUGGACAGGGAGACCCAGAAGAAACCCCCUUCUCGGCCCACGGCAGCCAAACCGUCCCUGGGGUCCAAGGGGGGCUCAGACGUGGACUCUGCCUGUUCUAGUCUGGAGGAUGCCGAGCUGGCCCAGAUCAACGCUGCUAUACUGAGCCUGGGAGGAGACCUGCCUGACGAGCUCCGUAGUCUACCCCCCGAUCACCCCUCUCUGCCCUCUGCCCUUCGCCCCGGACCUGAGGCUUUCCUCCCUGGUGCCAACCUGGGUGGCAAUGCUUCGUUACCUUGGCCAGGGGCACCUGGGGCACCGUUCUAUGCCCCUCGGUUCCCCCCAAACCUUCGACCACCCCAGUUCCCCGGCCCGCUCGCCGCCCAGGGUUUCCCUCGCGGACCCCUCACUCAGCUACCCCCCCAGCAGCCCCCUGUUUCUGGCUAUGGCCCUCCCCAGCCACAAGCCCCCCAACCUGGGGGAGUCGGGCCUGCCCGUGCCUCUGUCCGUCCCUCCACUACAACGGUAGAUAGUAUCCAGACCCCCAUCCCCAGUUAUAACUCAGCCCCACGCCAUCCUGUACCACCUACUGUCUCUGCAGGCUACGCUGUUCCCCCACAGAUGGGUGUGUACCCACAGUACAUGCCCCAGCCUGGGGUGCCCAUGCAAGCGCCCGGCCAGGUGCCACACCAACAUCCACAGCAGCAGUACCAACACCCUCCUGGGCAGCUGCCCCCCGUCUACCAGUCUGCCCCCAGGGCUAUGCCUGUGCCCCGACCCCCUCCCCAGGCCCAGCAGGGUUACCCACAGUACAUGCCCCCCCAGCACCAGCCCCGGCCGCCCAUGCCCCCCCAGUAUCAGCAGCCAUAUCCUGGUCAGCCCCAGCCACAACACCAGCAUGGCUACCAGCCCCAGUUACCACAGGGCUAUCAGCCUCAACACCCUCAGCAGGGCUACUUGCCCCAACAGCCCCCACACAUGAUCCCAAGGGGCCCUCACCCACAGAUGCCCCCCACCUCCCAGCCCCCUGUCUCCCAACCAUACAUGCACCCUGCCAACCAACAGAUGCCCCCGCACCCUCAUCAGCAGAUGCUACCUCCCCAACAACAACAAAUGCAUCCCAACGCACAGCAAAUGCACCCUCAUCCACAAAUACACCCUGGCCCUCAUCAUCAAAUGCCCCCUAACAGCCAGCCGAUGCCCCCAGUUUCCCAGGCUUACCUGCCUCCCACCAACCAGCCCAUGCCUCCUGGCCUGCACCAGCAGAUGCCCCUUGCUUCCCAGCCCCAUCAUGUCCAGCUCCCUCAGGCUUACCUGCCCAGUGGCCCCCUCCCACCUCAGGGGCCCCAGAUGCCCCACCCUGGUCAGCCCCCCCAACAUGGCUACCAGCCCCAGUUACCACAGGGCUACCAGCCUCCUAUGAUGCCUCAUUCAGCCCCCCAACAGUCCCAGGCUCCCCAGCCUGUAGCCCCCAUGACCCCCACCAUGUACCCUACUCCUCCAGGUGUGAACGGCUCUCCCGGAGCCCCACCACAGCCCACCUCUAUGGGUCAACCUCGGCCCCCUCCCCAGCACAUGAUUCCACCAACUGCUGGAGCUCCUCCAGUGGCCCCCCCACCUAACGUCAUCCCUCCCUCGCCCUCGCCCUCACCUUCCCCUUCUCCCUCCCCAGGCCCCUCUUCCCUAGGCCUGGCCCCCCAGAGGCCCUCCCCGGCCCCCACCCCGGCGGUCCACCCUCUCUCCCUUCCUCUUCAUCCCCCUCCACCUCCCUCUUCCCGCACCAGAACUCCAUCACAGACGACCUGCUCUCCUCCAGCCCAGAGAGCCAGCCCGGCGGCCCCAAGGCCCCCGCCAACGUCCUCCAACCCACCAAGGCUGACCCUCAGGACGGGGAGCGGCGUAAGAAGAGCUCCCAGGGCGUCCGGCUGAUCCAGGGCGACCCGUACCAAGCCCCCGAACGCGUAGCACGCCUCUGCGGUGAACUCGAACGCUUCCGGUUGGCCGUGGAGUCUCUGGAGCGCCCGUCGGUGGACGAAGGUGGUCUGUCGCCGCUGGAUGCCCGCUGGAAGGAGCUCCAGGAGGGGCAGGAGAGGGACGCCAGGCAGCUGUCCAUUGCCAUCGCCCGCUGCUACACCAUGAAGAACCGCCACCAGGACGUGAUGCCCUACGACUGUAACCGCGUGCUGCUGCGCUCGGGCAAGGACGACUACAUCAACGGCAGCUUUGUGGAGGAGCUGUCGCCCUACUGCCCGCGCCUCAUCGCCACGCAGGCUCCGCUGUCGGGUACGGCCGCAGACUUCUGGCUCAUGGUGUGGGAGCAGAAGGUUUCGCUGGUGGUCAUGCUGGUGUCAGAGCAGGAGCUAGAUAAGGUAUGAGCACACACUCAGGGGAGAAGGAAUGGGCCAUUCUAGGGGUCGCUCAUAAAGGCUUACCACCAUGGUAGAUGUACCACCUGUUGUUUUUUUACCCAAGGAGGAAUAAGAAGUAGGUAAGGAAUUGGAUAAGGCAAAACUUUGAGUAGAUGGUUUAUUUACUUCCAGACUAUUGACAGAAACGUCUGUGAAAACACAAAUGAAUUAUUCCAUUUGAUGUUAUCAGUCCAUAUUUUGAUUGACACUUUAUAAUUUAUUGAAAGAACCCCAACUCUUUGUCUCUUGAUUGUGUUUCCGUAGGGAAAGGUUUUGCGCUACUUCCCGACAGAACGCGGCCAGCAGCUUGCUCAGGGACCAAUCACAGUCACCUGACUACGCAGAAGACCACGCCCACCCACGUGGAGCGAAUGAUUGGCCUGCAGUACCGUGACCAGAGCCUCAAACGCACCGUCAUACACCUACAGUUCACCUCCUGGCCUGAGCUGUGAGUCCACACAGUCACAGGACACACACACACAGGAACAACUGAGUAACCACUGUAUGCAUGGAAAUGAACAUCUGGCUAACGAAUACCAUUUCUCUUCUUCUUCCUCUCUCUUUCUCUCUCUCUUUCCCCCUCCCUCCCAGGGGUCUUCCUGAGAGCAAGAGCAAUCUAAUCUGCUUCAUCCAGGAGGUUCAUGGAUACUACCUGCACCAGAGGCCCUUACACACACCCAUUGUUGUGCACUGCAGGUAACACACACAUGCUAUUUUAUUACUAUCACUAAACAUGAUGAUUAAUCAAAACCAAGUGUGUGUGUGGAUGUGUGUGUGUACUUACAACACACACACACAUGUAUGUGAUAUUGCCACUAACCCUGUCUUUCUCCAUGACCUCAGCUCUGGCGUGGGGCGUACCGGUGCCCUCUGUCUGCUGUAUGCAGCGGUACAGGAGCUGGAGGCAGGGAACAGCAUCCCUGACCUACCUCUACUGGUCAAGAAGAUGAGGCAGCAGAGGAAGAACAUGCUGCAGGAGAAGGUGAGAAAAACACACGCCUAACAAGCUCAUGCUUUACAAGGGGUUAAAUGUGCAGUCUCGUAAGCGUGACGUCACAUAAGGCAAGUUCUCUAGUAAAAGCACAUCUUGUCACUUUCCCAGUGCAUUGAAUCAGUGUUGUUUGUUGAUGUGAUGGCUCUUCAAGGUGUCUCCUCUGUCUGGUGUCUGUCCACAGCUGCACCUGAAGUUCUGUUACGAGGCGGUGCUGAAACACGCUGAGCAUGUCCUCCAGAGACAUGGCUACCUCCCUACCGCCCCCUGCAGCAAGACACCCAGCACUGCUGUCACCAAGGUGAGCCCAGUCUCUCACUGAGCCAGUUUUGGAUCCUUUUGGCAUUCAGGCUUUAUGGUCUCACAUCACGAAAACGAUGCGCACGCUUCAAUGGGACAGAAGUCUGUGAGUUGUUGUGAUUCUGGAUGGCCAGAUAGCUAGCAACAAUGAUAAGAAGCUGCAAUGUGGGGAAUCGUAAGUGACUCGUGUCAGCUAGUUUUAUCUUGUUAUUGAUACCAUGUCUUGUUUUUGAGGUGUUUUGACUGAUUUCAUGUCAAUGCUAAUAUGGCAAAAAUUAGCUAGCUAGCUAACCAAUAUCUGUAAUGAUGUUGUCGUGGAAAUUCAACACCAGGGACACCUAAAGUAAAUAUUAAAUAAAUAAUUAUUUAUCAGCAGCAAGCUGGAGAGGUUCCAACAAACUUAAUGCACCAAGGAGUACACGUCUGUCAGGAGCUCUACCGGGGCAGUCCCGUUAGUUCCCUUAUAUACUGUUUACACAGACAAGUUAUAUUUGCAUGAUUUACAUUAUUCAUUAUUCUUCAUUAAUGUUAGUUCCUGCAUGUGACUGACUGACACCUCACAAGGCUUCUUCUCCCAAAUCUGGGACCUUGAAACUGAGAUACCCCCUUUAGUUCUCAAAACAAUGUUCUGGGCGUACUGCCAAAUUGCUUAUACUGAGUGAGGAUUCCUCCCAGGCACGAUCAAUCAGUCACUUGCAUGAUCCCAGUCGAAUUGGUUAUUAGAAAAGUACAAACAUAACAUUUUCCAUCACAAUGUAUUUGAGAGACAACAAGUGCUUAUUGUGCACAUUUAUUUAUGUUUUCAAUAAACAUUGGAGACUGAAUAUAGUUUACAUGUUGUCAACAAUCUAAGCCAACCCUGUCUGUUUUGCCCCAUAGUUGCGCACGUGUCGGUUUUGUUGCUUAACAACCAACCCCAUCUAUACUACAUUACUGCUCACUCUUGGCUAAAUAUUGUCUGGUUGUCUUCUCCCUAUAGCCUUACUCUCGGCAGGAGUCCCAACAGGACAUAGUUCUGGGAGGUGACAUGACCAUCAGCUCCAUUCAGGCCACCAUCGCCAAACUCAGCAUCCGGCCCCCCAGUGCCACUGACCCAGCCAUGGACCCUGGCCUCAACAUUGGCGCCCCUCUGGUCUGGAGGACCAACCCUUCAUCCCCCCCACCGACCUGCCCUUGGAUGGAGAGCUAGAGCCAGCCGCCGCCCCCACCCAGGACCCCUCUCCCAGCGAGCCCCCACCCUCCUCCCUCAGUCCCUCCUCCCCAGAGAAGGUUCAGUCCCCACCACUCAAUGGUGUGGAUGCCAUCGCCCCUUCCUCUGCCCCCACAGCCAAUAAUCAUGUGGUCCCAGAGGUGACCCCUGAUCCAGCCCCUCCCUCUGGCCCGGCCCCGAACUCCCUGGAGCUGCUGGCCUCUCUGACUCCCGAGGCCUUCUCCAUGGAGGGUGGUGGGGGCAAGGGGAAGCACCGUGUCACCAAGCAGAGCUUCCUGCAGCCGGCCAGAGGGCCAGGGCCUCCACCAGGGGCCCUGCGAGGAGGGGGGAGAAGACCCCCUGAGCAGCCUAGACCCCCUCUGGAGCCCUCAACAAGAGCUGAGACGCAGGAGCCAAUAAGGCCCUCUUUCUCUUUCUCACUUCAUAGCCUAGUGUCAAACAGACCUGUAGCCUUUAGUACUAGCUCUUCUUGA